CUGUGGGACCCUUGCAGCUCCACAGAUUUAGACUGCAGAAAUACAUCGGGAUGCACAUUAGACGCACAUGAUAACCCAACAUGCUUUUGUGGGACAGGUUUUGAAUUAAAUGACACCGGAAAGGAAUGCAUAGAUAUUAACGAAUGUGAGAGAAAUGUUUGCUCUUAGGAAUGCACCAACUUCAUUGGCGGCUUUCAAUGCAGCUGUGUAGAUGGAUAUAUGCUCGAAGGCGUUUCAACAUGCUUAGAAUGUGAAGAUUCAUAUUGGGGCCAUGAGUGCAACAAUACGUGUGACUGCAACGACAGGGGGACAGUUGAAUGCAGCCCUGUCAGAGGAUGUGUUUGUGAGCCAGGAUGGAGCGGAAGCGCAUGUGAUGAUGACGUCAAUGAGUGUGAGGUAGAACAAAACAUCUGCGCAGACGUUAUUAAACUGUGCACAAAUGCUGUUGGGUCGUACAGUUGUAAUUGUAUGAACGGUUUUCAAAAGGAUCAGACAGGGUCGUGCAUUGAUGUCAAUGAAUGUGAUAACCCGUCGUUGAAUAAUUGCUCACAUGACUGCUCAAAUACCAUUGGAAGCUACAGCUGCAGUUGUCGACCUGGAUAUAAAAUUUUGAACUCGUUAUGCCAAGAUAUCAAUGAAUGUACACUCGGACUAGCGGCUUGUGAACAGAUGUGUGAAAACAAGCCUGGUACCUACAACUGCUACUGCCACUUUGGCUACAGACUUAACGACGAUCGCCGCACUUGUACUAAAGUUUCUGACCCAUGCAAGACUUUGUCCAAUUUGACAUGUUCUGGUUAUUGCGUGGUGAACAAUAAUACCACUGAGUGUCGAUGUCAACAUGGGUUUGUGCUUGGGGAGGACAAUCAAAGAUGUUUCGAUGUUGAUGAAUGUGAACGUAGUACAACCAACAUGUGUGACCCAGUUUCCCGUUGCAUCAAUACCGAAGGAUCAUAUGUAUGUGAAUGUCCCGUAGGAACACGACUGGAAAAUGAUGGCCGAACAUGCUCCGAAUGUGAUGAAUAUCACUUUGGGCGAAACUGUUUGCAGGAAUGUAAUUGCAUUAAAGGAGUGUGUAACAGUACACUUGGGUGUGUUUGUGAUGAUGGUUGGACUGGUCCCAACUGUGAUGUGGAUGAAGACGAAUGUGUUUUAGAAUCUUUCACUUGCACGAUGCCUCAUAUGCAUUGCGUGAAUCUACCUGGAACUGCUUCGUGUGAAUGCAUAGCGGGGUAUCACACGGACAAAAUGUCCGGUGGCUGCAUUGAUUUAAAUGAGUGUCUUGACGUUUUAACCCAUGACUGUGCACAGAUCUGCACAAACAUGAACGGAAGUUACGAAUGCUCUUGUCGGACAGGAUUUAACCAAAACGGACAGAAAUGCACAGAUAUUGAUGAAUGCCAAGGCUUGCGUGGCUGUGAGCAGAAAUGUGAAAACACAUUGGGUAGCUACAGAUGCUCUUGCAACGAGGGGUACAAACUUGAUCUUUUUGAUCGGCAUUCGUGCAUGCCGGAAACGGAGUGCAAUACGGACCAAUAUUCUUCCUGCCCAAAAAAUUCCACAUGUGUCGUUGUAAGUGGAGAUGUGAUGUGUACAUGUCCGAAAGGAUAUAGUGAAAGAACACACGUGUGUGCAGACGUCGAUGAAUGCGUUGACAACAAACACAACUGCAUGCAAAUGUGUUCUAAUAUUAAUGGCGGAUAUGAUUGCUUGUGUCGAAUCGGGUUCUAUCUGUUGUCCGACGGGGUAUCCUGUGACGAAUGUCGUCCAUGGAGAUACGGCGCCAACUGUGAUUCGUCAUGUUCUUGCUUAAAAGAUAACUCUAAAUCGUGCAACAUCACUUCUGGAGAAUGUGAGUGCAAACCCGGAUGGACCGGUGAGAGCUGCGCACAAAACAUUGAUGAAUGUUCACUCGACAUCUUCCAGUUGUGUCCUAACGAUUCACAAUGCGUAGAUAAUUUAGGAAGUUUUGUAUGCACAUGUAAUACCGGGUUUUCGAAAAAUCGUUAUGGAAGAUGCGAAGAAUGUCAGCAUGGUCGCUUUGGAGACGGUUGUGGACACACAUGUGGGUGUUACAUGCAUCAUACUGAACGUUGCGAUUACGUCACGGGUCAUUGCACGUGUGAUAAAGGUUGGAAAGGCGUCACCUGCGAGGAAGACAACAAUGAAUGUAACGAUACUAAUGCAUUUCCUCGCAAUUCGGAUUGCGUGAACACCAUGGGUAGCUUUGAAUGUAAUUGUCAUACCGGAUUCAAGAAAAGGCGCGCUCUCGGGGAGGAGUGUAUAAAAUGUUACGAUUUCACCUAUGGUGGAAAUUGCAAUGAGGUAUGCACAUGUACAGAGGAACAUUCAACAGGUUGUGACAACAUAAACGGAAGUUGCUUCUGUAUGCAGGGUUGGCAAGGAGAGGCGUGCUCAGAGGAUGUCGAUGAAUGUCGAGAUACAAGCAUAUGUGAUAGUAAAGCUAAUAGCCACUGUGUCAACUUGAUUGGGUCAUACGAAUGUUCAUGUAAUGCUGGCUAUGGCGUGCAUAAUGGCGAUUGUAAAGAUGUUAACGAGUGUUUGACAGAAAAUCUCAGCGCAUGCGAUAAACGUGCCAGGUGUGAAAACACGGCUGGAAAUUACACGUGCGAGUGCCCAGCAGGCACGGACCUUCACGACGAUGGACGCAGUUGUAUAGUUUGCAACAACAACACGUUCGGUAAUGGCUGUAAUGACCAGUGCAACUGCACACAAGAAAAUAGUGAGACUGCAGAUCAGUCAUGUGACACGGUGACGGGAUCUUGUUUGUGUAACCCGCACUGGACUGGGCGAUUUUGUGAAAUGGAUGUCAAUGAAUGUGUAACUUCCGGUAUAUGCAAAGAAGCUAACACGGGUUGCAGAAAUAUUCCUGGAGGGUUUAUUUGUGACUGCCUUCGUGGUUUCACGAUUAAUAACGAAACUGGGAAAUGCGAAUAUGUUUUACCAAGUACAGCAUUGCCUGCAGAAGAUGAGGUGCGUGUUAAUCUUACCCUGAAUUUGGUCGUUGACUUGGUACCAGGGACUGACCUGGACGUUAAGGCUGUUUUUGACCAAGUUGCUGAAAAAGUGGAAAAAUCGAUAAGGAAACAUAUGUCGAAAUACAUCUCAGUACCAUUUACAAUCCUCAUUGAUGAUCUAAGCUUGGGAAGUAUCAACGUCAGGUACACUUUAAUCUUCAAGAAGAACUCCGACGUCGCUAAAGACAUUUUUAAAGCCGUGAUGGACAUGAGAUCUGGCACCGAGAUAGAGUAUGAUGGCAGGAAUGUUACAGCUUUAUCGCAAGAAUCCAUUUCCAGUGAUAAUGCAUGUGAGUUUUAUGAAACAACACUCGGUGGUUGCGGAUCAGGAUAUGAAUGCGUUUAUUACGCCGGUGAACCAACUUGCAUAGAGUUGUCCGCCACAGACAACUACUCGCUGGUCGUUGGUGUGACAGUUGGACUUUUCGUGUUUCUUGUGGCCGUUUUCGUAACGAUUACGGCGAUUGUUGUUUACAAUAGGAAUCGCAAGAAAAGCUCGAAGAACCUCCGUAGAGAAUCAGAUGAUAAGCCCAUGCCUCCAUACUGGCCACCAUGGAAGAAUACCAAUGACACGAAAUCUAGGUACUGGAACUGGAGGUCGCUAGCAAUGAAAAAUCAGUUUGCCACACCGUACCAUCUACCACGUGCUCACACCGACCAGGGCUCAAAUGAAGCGGGCACCCAGUAACUACGCGGAAAUAUUUUGGAACGAACAUUAAUGUGACAUGAUCUGGAAAAUGAGAUACAUAGAUUGACUUUUUUGAUUUCAUUUAAUAACAUAUUUUGUUUGUUAAAAUUGAAAAUUUAACGUUUGCUGUUUUUGUUUAGCAAUUUUUGUAAAUAUGAAAAAUGCCUUUUAUUACACCUGCUUGAUAAUGGAAUUGUGUGCCAUAGACGGUAUAUUUCAAUAUGUAAUUGUUUGUAAAAAGAGUAUUAGAGCCGCAUUGCACGGUUAUGGGUUUUUACAAAUGAAAUAAUUAUUAGUAUUAAGUGGCAAAUAAUAAUCCGUUUUUAAAUGUGUUUCAAUCUCUUCAAGACUUAUUUCUUUUAAUUGCCAUUUUUUAACGAUAUAAUAUUUACUUUACUCAGAUAUCCAAGGCAGCAAUGAAUUCUGUCACAACGUAAUUUGACUGCAUUUAUAGCGGCGGUGUAAAACGUCCCGAUUGUUAAAUAAUAACUCUUUGAUUAAUGUUCCAUAAAAAAUAGUGUUAGAAUUAUAACAAAAAUUAUACGCUAGUGAAAAUAUUGAUACGUUAAUUAUUCGUAUCAUUUCAAUCAGUACGUUCGUAAUGACGUAGCGUGUGUGACGUCCAGUUUAGAAUUACGAUUGCGCAAUGCAUAAUCAAACUUGUAAACACAUAUUUUAUGCGAUUUUAGGGAAAUCAUCAUAAACAUUUUAGUUUUACUAUCGUAAACGUCAUUUAAUUCUUACCCAAUAAAACAUACAAGUAAACGUAUGUCCUAAGACCCAAAACCUCACAAAGCGGCUCAUUCAUAACAAUUAAAUUCCACAAUUGUAUGCACUUUAUAAACAGAUCCAGUUCAUCAUUAUUAACAAACUAAACAUGGUCACCAUUAUAAAGGAUAUCAAUUUAUAUCACCAAUGUAUUAGCUCUGUAAACAGCUGCAUUUGCAUAUCCCGUAUUAAUCGGAUUACAUUUAUCAUUUAUACUCAGAAUUUGUGACAUAUGUGAAUGUUCUAUGUAUUAUAAUAGCUUCGUGUACUGUG